AUGACUGUGAGAUCAAGUUUCAUGAUUUUCUCCUUCUUUUUGUUCACAAUAGCCUCACCUAUAUCUCAAGUAGAAGCUCUUUCACUUGAUGGUUUUGAGCACCAUGUAAUUCCCAUUCCAGUAGUUGUCCCUGAGAGUGCAGCGUUUGAUUGUAGCGCAGCUGCCUAUGUUGGGAUUGCAGACGGCAGGAUGUUCAAAUGGCUGGGGAGCCAAUAUGGAUCUGGCGAGUUUGCUACAACCUCCCCAUCUAGGCCAAGAGGCUUGUGUGACCAAGACAAUGACCCAACUUGUGGAAGACCUCUAGGCCUCAGGUUCGACCACACCACAUGCGAGCUUUACAUGAGAGAUUUUUUCAACCUAUUUCCAGUGGACAAGUUGCGCCGUGAUUUUUCAUUUGCAAAUAGUGUAGCUGUGAGUCUAGAUGGUAAUUUUGUUCUAGUGACCCAAACUACAAGCAAGAACAUUAUGAGGUAUUGGCUUCGAGGACCUAGAACAGGUCAAUCUGAAAUUUUUGCAGCAACGCAAGGGUUCCCGGACAAUAUUAUAAGGAAGAUAAAUGGUGAAUUUCUUUUGGUGAAUAUAAGGUGAAUUUUGGUUGCAGAGAAUAACAAUGGAAAAGGGAAAGCGACCAAGUUCGACGCCAAUGGCAAUUUCAUGGAAGUCUUAUGGGAUCCUAUUAGACAUGUUCAACAAUUUUAUGGCAAUCUUUGGAAAGUUUCGAUUGUAAACCCCUUUGUAGGCAUUGCUCGCAACUUUGAUUAAGUUGUAUACUUGUAGGAUUAGUUACUCCUUCCUUGAAUUCAUACUUUUUAAGAUUUUCAUUGUCCUUCAAGUUAAAUCUAAAUAUUCUAACCAGUACUUCUUCGUAACUUUUUUUC